AGAGAGACUACCCUUAAAAUAAUACUAGACGACUUGGUACUCCUCUCCUCCCUCUUCCGUCUCACCCAUGUAUCCUCUACUCAGUGUUAUAGUCUUCCUUCUCUCACUGAAUAUGGGAACACAAACUUUAGGAGAAAGCACUGAUGACGAUUUCUUUGAGCUCUGCCAAGAAACUAGAUGCAGCACAAGGGGUGGUCCACGCGUAAGAUUCCCCUUCAGACUCAACACCCAACCAGACUUUUGUGGCCUUGAAGGGUUUGUAGUAUCUUGCUUAAACAACAGGACCCUCUUGCACCUUCCUUUCUCUGGUGACUUCUAUGUUCAAGAAAUCUCUUAUCUCAACAAUAUAAUUUCUAUUCACCUUCAAAAUACAAAUUGCCCAUUACAAAGUGUUUUCUCUCUUAACUUCUCGGGUUCUCCCUUCAACACUGGUACAUUUUCUCAGAUUUCUACCAUUGUGAAUUGCACAGAGAGGAUUUCAUGGAGUGCAUCAGACGGAAUAGUAGUGCCAAUAGAUUGCUUGAGUUACGACAACAAUUUAGUUUAUUUAUAUGAUCCUUUUGUUUCCAUGAACAAGCUGCCUUCACAUUGCAGAAGAUUUAAAACAGUUGAGAUCAUUUCAGUUCAUGGCUACGUUGAACUCCAACAAGCCAUUGAGAGACUUUUUGAAAGGCAAGAGAUCUUCCUCGCUUGGGAAGGGUUAGAUGGUUGCUAUGAAUGUGAAAAUUCAGGAAACUUCUGUGGAUUCAACAGUACAAGAAAUGCAACCAUUUGUUCUACUUCCAGGCCCAAAAGGUCACAUUCUGCUGUAAUCUUAGGAACAAGCAUUGGAGGCACCACCUUUCUUGCUUUGGUUGUACUUGUGUUGUACAGAUUUCGAAGAUCGGACAGUGAAAAGGAAACUCAGCUCAAGGUAGAGAGGUUCCUGGCAAAUUACAAGACCCUCAAUCCAUCCCGGUAUUCCUACAGUGAUCUAAAAAAGAUAACAGGCAAAUUUAGGCACAAAGUAGGCCAAGGAGGUUAUGGAACUGUCUACCGAGGAAAAUUGCCCAAUGGAAUACCUGCAGCAGUUAAGAUGAUCGAGAAUUCUAAAGGAAAUGGCCAAGAGUUCAUUAAUGAAGUAGCUACCAUAGGUAGGAUACACCAUUUCAAUGUGGUUCGCCUUCUUGGAUUUUGUGCAGAAGGGACGAGGCGUGCUCUGGUCUAUGAAUUCAUGCCAAAUGAAUCGCUUGAAAAGUUUAUCUUCUCAUCAAAAGACGCUAAAACAAGAAAUCGACCAUUUAGUUGGGAGAAGCUUCAACAAAUUGCAAUGGGCAUUGCCCGUGGAAUGGAGUACUUGCACCAGGGGUGCAACCAAAGGAUCCUUCACUUCGACAUCAAGCCCCAUAAUAUUCUACUAGACCACAAUUUUCAGCCCAAGAUUUCAGAUUUUGGGUUGGCCAAGCUAUGUUCAAAGGAACGGAGCGUUGUCUCCAUGACAGCUGCCAGAGGAACAGCAGGCUACAUUGCGCCUGAGCUCUUCUCAAGGAACUUUGGAGCAGUUUCUCACAAAUCCGACGUUUUUAGCUUUGGAAUGUUGUUGUUGGAGAUUGUGGGAUGUCGAAGAAACAUCGAUGUUACAGUUGAAAAUCAAAGUCAGAUUUAUUUCCCGGAAUGGAUUUACAACAGAAUGAGUCAGGGGAAGGAGAUGGGGCUGGAAAUUGAGAUAGAUGGGGAUGAGGAGAUUGCCAAGAAGCUUGCAAUUGUGGCACUUUGGUGCAUUCAAUGGAACCCAACAGACAGGCCUUCAAUGACAAUGGUGGUUCAAAUGCUUGAAGGUGACUUGCAUGGCUUAGAGAUACCUCCAAAGCCUUUUGCUUCUUCAGACAUUGAGAUGAAUGCAACUUGACAUCAGUCAAAUCCUGAAAACAUGUUUCCCUCAAAGAAUCGAUUUCCUUUUUCUUCCUUUAUCCAUGAUCACACAAAUUUAUUUCCAAACACUGCAAAUCAGAUCUUUCCUUUUUCUUUCUUUA